CUCUCUAUCACUUUGAUUAAACCCAUUUGCCGUCAUCUCCUUCUUUUCUCUCUCCCUCUGUCUGCAUCCCUCACCAUCUCUCUCCCUCUGUCUGCAUCCCUCACCACCAUCGCUGCUGGGCUUGCACUCAUCUCUGUUGCUGCAGCUUCAUCAAUACUCCUCCAAGUAGAUGAAUAUUUUUGAAGAUGGGAGUGACAGUGUUAACGAUGGAGCAGCUACAAGUGAUGUGCAAGAAUCAAAUCCAGCUAACAAUAACAGUGUCAGCGAAAUAAAUCAGUUUGUUGCUGGUACAUCAAAUACCUCAAAUGGUGUUCCUUCUCAUGUUGAUGACAUGAUUUCUAAGGAAUGCAUGGAUGUUAUGAAGGAAUUUGAUACAUUUGAAAGUGAGGAGUUUACCAUUUCUUCCCAAAAGUCACAGUUGCAAUUGUAUUUGGAUGAGCCUAAAGUAGACAGGAAGAUAAAUUUGAAUGUUCUAGAUUUUUGGAAAGCAAACCAAUUCCGAUAUCCUGAACUAUCUAUUUUGGCUCGUGAUGUACUAUCUAUUCCAAUAUCUACAGUCGCAUCCGAGGCAUCAUUUAGUGUUGGUGGUAGAGUGCUUGAUCAGUAUCGUAGUGCUCUCAAACCUGAAAAUGUUGAGGCACUAAUUUGUACACGAGAUUGGAUAUUUGGUGACCAAGAAAAUUCCACUUUAGAACCCAACUUGGAAGAACUGACUGAGGAUAUUAGUCGGUUGGACAUAAAUCCCUCACAAUCUGGCGAGUGCUCUAGUACCAUCAUUAACAAUGGUGGCUGAAUAAUUGAGUUGGGAAUGUGAUGUUGUAUUUUAUGUUGUAAUUUAAUCAAAGUUUUUUUUUGUUUAUGUUUGAUUUGGAUUUUAGAGGGAUUUUGAAGUUUUUAAUUUUAUUGUCAUUUUGGAAUGUUUGAUUUGGCAGAAUAUUUGAGAUGGUUGUUAGAAUUUAAAUUUGAAGCAAA